AUGCCUUCCAGUAGCUCCAAACACUCGAAGCCCAAGGCCUCGGACAUAGCCUCGGAGACCAAGAGGGUCUACAUACCGCACAUCAAGCAGAAGUGCACGGCUAACUGGGGCACAUUCUCCUACCUCUACCGGCAGCCGCUGCUCAGUCUCACCUUUGACACCAUCCCCCGUGCAUUUACUGGGCCGCCCAACUUCUGCGUUACGGUGGGAGACCCGGCCGAUUUCACGGUCAACUGGGCAGGACACAACGAUGUGAGGGUCGCCUUCAUCUGCGCUGCCAAUGACAAGCGGCCAGGCGGCGACUGGGAGACCGGAGUCGUGGGCUACGAGGAGAAGCUCUGCCGGCGCAGCACCCUCUCUGCGACACUGGCGACUCCCGGGCCGGGCUCGUACGAGCAGCAACACUACCCCAUACCCAUUGCAGGCGGCAUCCUGUCAGAACAAGUCGUGAUCUUCCGAGGCCCGCAUGACCGGUACGAGAAGUUCAGCCCGGAGGACUGGGUCGAGCUGCCCAUCUGCUCCGUGGCGCCGACAAAGUGGCCCAAGCUGAACCAGAACGGCACCAAGUACUCGUUCGCCGAGGAGCGCGAGAUCGUCAUGGACAAGCUGCGGGCGGCCCUGCGCAUCUGCGCCUACCGGUACUACUCGAGCAUCGUCAUCGGCGACUUUGGCCUCGGCAACGGCUGCCGGAACCCGCCGCGCGAGCUGGCCGAGAUGUGGCGCGAGGUGCUGCUCUGGGACCCGGAGCUCAGGGGCCGCAUCCAGAACGUCGCCUUCGUCUUCCCCGACGCCGCGACCAGCACGACCAGGCUCAUCCUCGAGGACCUGGCCAAGAAGGGCAAGCACGGCGGCAGCUCGGGCUCCAAGGGCAAGUCCAAGAGUUCCUCCUCCUCCUCCUCGAGCAGCAGCAGCAGCAGCCACUCGUCCCACUCGAGUGUCUCGGGGCCGACCGACCAGCAGGUUUUCGAGGCGGUCUUCAACCCCGCCGAGGUGCAGAGGGUGCUCACGAUCCCGGACCCGCGCUAUGGCUUGAGCAAUAUCAUGGGUUGA